AUGCCACAGUUGAUUGCACCACUACAGGUGCAGCCGAAAAGUGCAGUCGAAACUGCCGAUGAUGAUAUGUGGCCCGAUGCCACAGUCGAUUGCAGCACUGCAGGUGCAGCCGAAAGGUGCAGCCGAAAGGUGCAGUCGAGACUGCCGACGGUAGUGAACGGCCAAAUGCCACAGUCGAUUCCACGAUCGCAGGUCCAGUCGAUGCUGCCGAUAAAGCUAAGUGGCCAAAUGCCACAGUUGAUUGCAGCACUGCAGGUGGUCCACGGUGUACAGUUGGAGCCUCUUCAUGUAAUUCGCAAAAGAAGCAUAGAUCAACCACUUCGAAUACUGUUAGUAUACGAUGAAUCGGUCUAUCGGUUGGAUUCGGAUAAGUUUUCACUUAUCAACGACACCAUCCUACCGGAAGCGGUUCGCUUCUGGGAGCAGGCGCUGAUGGUGCGCCAAACCAAAGAGAUCAUAAGACUGAAUCGAAAAUGCGAAAGCACGCAAGUUUUUGUGAAAAAUUCGCUAACCUACUGCAUCGAUUCUUGCAAACCUGUUACAUUGUGCGGGGAGGUGCAAGUUCCGGAAGAUCACCUAGAUGUCUGUCGGAUAUGCAACUCCACCGGGCAGAAUUGCCGGGAAGAUCCGAGCACCACUGCUGGGGUGGGAAUUUCCAACGCAGAUUUCGUUUUCUACGUGUCCGCCCGCCAGUCGGAACGUUGCCAUAAAGGACUGACGGUGGCCUAUGCCGCUCACUGCCAGCAGGAAGCAGCUCUUGAUAGACCGAUUGCCGGUCAUGCCAAUUUGUGUCCGGACAGCAUUAGCACCAAACCGCAAGAGCUACAAACGCUGCUCUCCACUGUGAAGCACGAAAUUCUUCAUGCUUUGGGUUUCUCUGUGAGCUUGUACGCCUUUUUCCGAGACGACGAUGGGAAUCCACGAACCCCCAGGAAACCUGAUACUGGAAAACCGUAUCUGAAUGAAAAAUUGCAGAUCCAUCAAUGGAGCGAUCAAACUAUCAGGAAGGUGACGCGGGAAAAUUGGGCUGUGCGGGGUGGCACAGUGGAGAGGACAAUCGAUAUGAUGGUGACGCCACGUGUUGUGCGAGAAAUCAGAGAUCACUUUAGCUGCCAGAAACUCGAAGGUGCUGAAUUGGAAGAUCAAGGCGGUGAAGGCACUGCAUUGACACACUGGGAAAAACGAGUGCUAGAGAACGAAGCAAUGACUGGGACGCACACACAGAGUUCGGCAUUUUCACGGGUUACGUUAGCGCUGAUGGAAGACUCGGGAUGGUAUAAGUCGAAUUACAGCAUGGCUUCUCCUUUGACAUGGGGUCGAGGGCUUGGGUGCAAUUUUGCCAUGAGAAGCUGCAAAGAUUGGAUAACUGCCAAUAAUGCAAGCUCAAUUGAAGGAUUUUCAGAAAUAGCAAAAGGCCGUUCGAUACAUCCGUUCUGCGCUAAAGUGAAACGAGACCCGCUGCAAACAGAAUGUACCGAUGAUCGUAGCUCGGUUGCGCUAUGUAAUCUGAUACGUCACGAAAGUCCCCUGCCCCGUCAGUAUCAGAACUUCGAUUCCCUGGCACACGUGCCAACUGGCGAAGAAGCGUACUAUGGUGGAUCUGUUUCACUAGCGGAUCAUUGUCCCUACAUUCAGGAAUUCACCUGGCGGAGUCGGAAUGUCGUUGUACGGGGAUCGCAGUGUCAAUACGAGGACAACAAUCCCAAACCUGAGAAAAAUUUUGCUCUAGAAACGUAUGGUCCGCAAUCGAUGUGCUUCGAUCACAGCGAACACAUGUGGGAAGAAAGGUCGUGCCGGCAGACAAGGGAGUGGCAACAUUGGGGAUCCGGAUGUUACCGAUACAAGUGCGAAAGAGGUCGUUUGCAUAUCAUCAUAGCCAACUAUUCAUACGAAUGUUUCUAUGCUGGACAAGUACUGAAUGUACGACUGAUGGCCGGAGGAUGGCUACAUAAAGGUGAUGUAGUUUGUCCAUCCUGCAAGGAGAUUUGUAAUUUCGAAUUCGAGCAACGCGGAGAUCGUUGCAAGCCUAGCGAAGAAUCACCAAAUCUUAAUUUCUAUCCUAAACAUGAGCUCAAAUGUAGCGCUGCCAGUACGAUACUGAUUCCAUUCGAUCGUUACUCACUAACACUCCUUGCGACAAUAAUUAUGUCAAUCAUACCACGAUUAAGAAGAUAACUUCAAGCUGAGUGAUAGCAACAUCCGUACUAAUUUAUGUGUAACAAAUUUCAUGUGAUAGUGUUCAUCUGUGUUUCAUCCUGUUUUAAUAGCACAAUAGAUGCUUUUAUAUAGUUUUAAGUUACAUCAGUCAUUCGUGUUAAAGAAAGAACCGUGUAAAUAGCAAAAUAAACACAAACGAAAUCCAUUUUUUACUGAAGCUAACAUGUAUAUAGAUAGGCUCAACAAAUAAAAAAAAACGGCCUACAACGGAAUCUGCAAACGAGAAGAGACAACAAGAUGAUCUCACGAGAAAAACAAAUCAAAAACUAAACUUCACGGAUUAUGAAAUCAAUGUCAUCACCUUAGAAAUUAAGUAGCCAGAUUUUCAAAUUUAAAAUAUUAUGUUGUCGGCUAAUAGCCACACCUGGCGCAGAAGUGCCGCUACCCUAGACAUUCCACUGUAUGUUGUUGACUGCAGCAAUGUCUUCCCUAUUCAUUCUUGGUGCCGUUUUAAGCUAGUGCGGAAAUGAAUCCCUAAUGUGAUGGGCAAUGUUGAAACAGUUGAAUUGCCAAAGUUAUGAAAGACGCAGAGUGUGUGUAAAUAAUGAAAUUCUAAAAUAAUGUGAGAAUAUAAA